CAAACUGUCAAAUCGUGGAAGAAAGAAAAUAUUUUUGAGUAAAAAUUACAAUUCAAACCAAAUUACGUUCAAUGAUGUGACUUACGAGUUCAAUACGCGUUGUAGUGAACAAUGAACUAGUAGAUAACAGACCAAGUUAUACUAUGGAAAGCGUGCGAAAUUUUUCUGUGUCGCUUAUCAAAGGCUUUAUAGACAGCUUGCGAGGUGUGACAGUGCUGCUAUAUUUAGAUAAAGAAAUCAAUGAAAGGGCGCUGAGUCGAUCACCCCUGGUAGAACCUGAUAAUCCAAAAAAUAAACAGAAGCAGCCAAAAGUUAAACAGGAAUCAAAAGUACUUACAAGGGUGUUACAGUCAUGUAUCCUGAACGGUUUUAUAUUUCUACUUAGUAUAUUAGUGUUUGAGUAUGCACUGUUGCCGGCGGUGAAGUACUUAGUGACGGUGGUGUUUGGGCAUAAUCCCGGUGUGGCCCAUAAUGUGUGGGGCUGGAUGCAACCGUUCCUGUCCAUGACGUUCCGUAUGAUAUGGGUGCUUCCACUUUUCUUGCUAAGCAAGCUUGUUAAUAGUUUAUGGUUUCAAGAUAUAGCUGACUCGGCGUACCGGCACAGAAGAGGUCGGCCGCAGUUCAUGUCAAGUGUCAGCAAGAUCAUUGCAGACUCACUCUUCAGUUUGUUGGUGCAAGCUUUAUUUCUAGUUCAGAGUAUGUUAGUCAGCAUGCUCCCUAUAACCUACAUAGGCGAGCUGCUGUGUCUAGUCCACAUGUGCCUGCUCUACUCACUGUACUCAUUUGAAUACAAGUGGUUCAACAUGGGAUGGGAGCUGCACAAACGUCUCACCUUCAUCGAGACGAAUUGGCCCUAUUUCCUGGGCUUCGGGCUGCCUUUAGCUGUCCUCACGCAGAUACCACAGUCUUAUAUUAUAAGUGGUUGUGUGUUCUCCAUCUUCUUCCCCGUGUUUAUACUCAGCGGUAACGAAGCAACGCCUGUGAUAGGAAGCGAGUAUCCCCUACGACUAUUCUCACCGGUCGUAGCGAUAUCCAACGGUAUGUUCAGAGUGGCGCGACAGAGCGCCGAGGCAGUCACGCAUCGCAGCAGGUGAUCCUAACUCCAUCUAGAAUGUACCUUACAGCCUUUACACCUUCCUUUUAUUAUGGCGCCAUUGGUGCUAAUUCCUGUAAACACCAUCUAAUUGUAUUAGUAAGUUAUAUCUGUCAUUUUGUUAUCUGCCGAAAAGGACAGGGACGGGUAAUCGACAAGCAUAAAAUUUAUGAAACAACCUUAUAAAAAAAUUGCAUCGGCUAAAUUAAGUUAACAGCACACAUCAAACGGUUUGCGUACCAGCGAGAUACCUAUUUGAUUCGCCCGGGUUAUUCGUUCAUUUACUCAUUCUUCCUAAAAUUAAGAGCUGUCAAUCAUCUGUCCCUUUCCUUUUCGGCGGAUAAGAUAAUGACAGGUAUAACUUAAAGUAAAAUUAGGAGGUGUCUGCAGGAAUCGGGGCCAUUAUCUAUUGUUUAAGUAAAUAUUUAAAUCCGUGAUACCCUUGGUUCAUCAUCAUCAGCCCAUUAAUGUCCCCACUGCUGGGGCACGGGCUUUCCCUAUGGAUGGAUAGGGAGAUCGGGCCUUAAACCACCACGCGGGCCCAGUGCGGUUUGGUGGUUGUUAACGACUGCUAAUGCAACCGGGACCAACGGCUUAACGUGCCUUCCGAAGCAUGGAGGAGCUCGAGAUGAAAACUUUUUUUUGUGGUCACCCAUCCUAUGACCGGCCUUUGCGAAAGUUGCUUAACUUCAACAAUCGCAGACCGAGCGCGUUUACCGCUGCGCCACCGAGCUCCUCUUGGAUCUCUUGGCACCCUUGGUUCGAAUCUCUGAAUUCGACUUGAUUGAAUUCAUGUUUGGAUCACAGAUAAUUGAUAUCACUUGGUUUCCAGGAUUUGUGCCCGGUUCAUGGCAAUAGGCUUGCCCCAUAUUACAUGGGACUUAAAUAGCUGGUGAGGAGUGGAUGUAUAGUUGACGACAGGUCGACAUGGCAAUCGGGGCAUGAGGUGAGCCGCGGAGGCGGGGUCGCCCCGCACACCCGCACAGUCCCCGCGGCGUCUUAGUCUUAGUGUCGCACGAGUCCGUAUCGACCGCUUUUAUCGAUUAUAAACUCGCUCACAUAAUUUAUUGAAUUAGAAAUUAACAUUAACACAAAAGAAAAACAAUAGGUUUAAAAGAAAUCUAAUCUAAAUAUUUAUCGUCAAUCAAAAUUAUACUAUAUUACAUAUCUUAUAUUAUAUUUUACAUAUACUUGCUAAGAAAUAAGUGUGCGUCAAGCUAGCGGCCUCAAAAAAAAAAUGGACACGAAAAAAUAAUUUGACCAUACCAAAAAAUAGUACUCUUAUUGAAAAAAAUAGUACCUGUUGUAAAAAAAUUAGUACCAUCACGGUUCUGGAUUUAUAGCCAUGUUUUAUUGCACUUGCUAGCUUGACGGUGAGCGAAAUUUGGCGAGAGUUAACGACAAGGUCUUUCGCUUUGAUUUAAACGCCAAAAAAUAGUACCGAAAUAGUACUCACCCCCUGCAAAAUACCGAAAGUAAUACUUCAACGGUUCCAAAGUUAUAAAGGCAGUUCUUUGAUCCCGCUAGCUUGACGUUUUGAAAAUACCUAUUAUCUGGGGAACGCUUGCAUACUUCAGUAUGUAACUAAUGUCAAUAAACUCGUAUGAAAUAGUACUCCCUACCAUCAUAAUUUUGAUCCGAUUCUCUUUAUAGAAAUGUUAAAAAAUCAUCAUAACCUAUGCCAUACAUUUGUUGUUGAUACAGUCACGUAGACAAUUACAUAACCUCACAAUUUAUUCGUAAGUAUUGCCAUUUUAGAGGUCUACCCUACCAUUUCUGUGCACUUCAGAGUGCUGCUAUUACAAAAAAUUCCUAUUGCAUACACCCGUAUGUACUAAUUUUAAUAGAAAAGGCUGCAUGGGUCUAGUUCUUAUCGAAAACAAUCUGUGAUUUUAAUACAUCAUAAUACAUUUUUAAUCUGCUGUUUUAUUUUAUAAUUCAUACCUUCAUGUUGAAUUUGUUACGGAUCGAAGUGUUUGUUAAUAAACAAUUUGCAGUAUUUGUAGAAUAACUCAAAGAGUUUCAACAAUGAUAUUACUUUCAUCUGACAACCCUGGCACUUCACCAAUUUUUACCCAAAAAUGGGGAAAAAUACUAAAAUCUGACAACAUUCUUGAGCAUGUGUAAUAAUUUUGUUCGCGACUGUACUUGUCUUGAUAAAUGUAUGACAUAGGUUAUAAUGACUUUUUGACAUAUUUCUACAAAGAGAAUCAGGUCCAAAUUAUGAUGGUAGGGAGUACUAUUUCAUACGAGUUUAUUGAGAUUAGUUACAAACUGAAGUAUGCAAGCGUUCCCCAGAUAAUAGGUAUUUUCAAAACGUCAAGCUAGCGGGAUCAAAGAACUGCCUUUAUAACUUUGGAACCGUUGAAGUACUACUUUCGGUAUUUUGCAGGGGGUGAGUACUAUUUCGGUACUAUUUUUUGGCGUUUAAAUCAAAGCGAAAGACCUUGUCGUUAACUCUCGCCAAAUUUCGCUCACCGUCAAGCUAGCAAGUGCAAUAAAACAUGGCUAUAAAUCCAGAACCGUGAUGGUACUAUUUUUUUUACAACAGGUACUAUUUUUUUCAACAAGAGUACUAUUUUUUGGUAUGGUCAAAUUAUUUUUUCGUGCCCAUUUUUUUUUGAGGCCGCUAGCUUGACGCACACAGAAAUAAUUGAAAACUAAGAAUAAUAUUUUAGAAAUAAAAUUAACGUUAGAUGAUUCAGAUGAAUAAAUAUUAACUUAAAUGAAAACGUGGUAUUAUUUUAUUCACAUUUUGUUACAUACAUAAUAAAAAUAUAUCGAUAUUGAAAACGUCACGUCACUAGAGAAUUGCCAUGUCGACCUGUCGUCUACAUUAUGUACGGUCACGAGUACUAAUAUGUAUACACUUUGAAACCGUGUCACAUUAACUUUUUUGACAAAUUAAACCGUAAGUCUCAUUAAAUGUCAAAUAUGAUAGUGCGACAAGGUUCUAAACUGGGUACAUGAUAUUGCUCAUGACUGUACUAUACACCACUACCUCUUGUUAUGUUAUGAUAAAGUUGAAAUCGCAUAGUUUUAUAGUAAUGCGAUUAAAAACAUUAUUAUCCUAAUAAUUAUGAAUGGACAUAAGAAAAGGAAGGUUAUAAGGCAGUUUACACGAGCCAUUAUUGUAAAGCUUAAAUACGUUAUAUCAGUAAGUUUAAUUUGGCAACACUAAAAAACGUAAGUGUUAUCAGAUUAAAUUGUAAUAUUGUACCUUAUGAAUAGGGCUGACGGUUCGAACUUAUAUAUUGUGCAAUGUCAUGUAAAACAUUUUAAAAGUCACAUUUUUUUUGUUUUGGUUUUCUCCGAAGGGUAAGGCAAAGGGAACUAUGCCCAUACAGCCAUGUCUUACGUAUUUUUUUUACUUGAUGAUUAAUGAAAUGAUGAAAGGUGAUGAUGAUGAAAGUCACAUUUAUUAUAUGAAAAAUCAAGUGUUUUUAUCGUAGAUUUUUGCUGUCACUAACAAACAUAAAUGAUGUUCCCGUCAUAUAAAAUUGCCAGCAACUGUAACAUAGAACUCACAUUAUUCACGAUGCGAUUUUUUCUUUUCUCGUGUUGCCAUUCUCAAAAUAAACUAUGACAUUGCAUCUUGUAUAAGUUUGUUCCAUUACAGACGUAUGUUAAUGAUGUUUGCUUGAUAAUCUUUUUGUCACAUUUUGAUUUAAAAAAAAAACAUUUAUUUAAACAAGUUGUAAGUUUUCAAUGAGCAUAGUCAACAUACUUAUUAAACAUCUUAGUGCAAUGAUCAGAGUUUUGUAAGACUUUUUAAACAGGGAAUUAUAUUUGUGCUUUAUUUUUUAUUUUGUAUGAAAAAAUAACCUUUACUCAUAAACCAUAGAGAUGUGAAUAUUUGACCAUUGCCCAUUAUGAUAAAUUAUUAUGUAUAAUUAUGUGGAGAAUAUUAUUUAUUUUAAUAUAAUUAUGCUCAUAAAUGUUCUAGUUGCUCAUGUUGGCGGUGGCAAUAGUUUAUUGUUAAGUAAAUUGUUACAUUUUGUUUCUGCUUGAAUCAAUCAUAAGGUAUACUCGCCAAAUUAAUAUUAAUUUGACAGCUGUCAAAACAGUCCAUAGUCCUGCGGGCUUAGCACCGUAAGCGCGCGACUCUUUCUCGCCUCGACAUACGUCACCCGUCACUCUCUCACAGUACUGUACAGAAAGAGACAGAUGAUCUCUCUCGCGUCGAGAAAGAGUCGCGUGCUUGGUGCUAAGCCCGUUGAUAACAUGUCGUUCGCAACAAGGCUGUAUGCUAUUGUUCUGUUCUUUGAUUUAUCAUUUGUCAAAAAUUAAUCAAGAUAUAAUAGGUAUACUUCUCAUCAAAAAAAUCGAACCAACUUAAUAUAUUUUGAAAGUUGAUAUUUCGUACAAAGAUCAUUGAAAAAAAUACGAGUAUUAAUAAUAAAAAUAAACGUCAUUUUACAAUGGGUUUAUAAAGCUUUUAUUAUCAAUUCUUAAUAUUACUGUUCCAAGUUUGAAAUUUAAUUAAACUUGUGUAUUUUGUUGAACUAAAAUUGGGAAGUACUUAUUUCGUUUUUUUUUUUAUGAGAAGUACAUUAUAUUUAACGCGGUAAUCUUUACGAAUUGCCUUCGUAUUGAAGUUAUUUUAAUGUGGUUAAUACAUACAUAUAUAAGAUCACGCCUAUUUCUCGUUGGAGUAGGUAGUGACCACGGAAUUCCGCUUUUAAUGCGAUUAUACUGUAUCAGUUACUAAAUGAAGUGUCGUUUCACUUACUAUCUAGUCGCAAGUUCGCUUGUUGCAGAAACAAAAUUGUAUUGUUUACUAUUUCGAACUUGUUACAACUUUGCACAGGUUUUUUUUUUUUACUAAAAGUCUAAUUAUAAGACAUUCCAAUCAGAAGUACGACACAUUAGGUGGUUGGAAUAUAUGUGAAAAAAAUAGGUAGGUAGUGGCCCCGAUUCCUGCAGACAUCUCUUAAUUUUACUUUAAGUUAUACCUGUCAUUUCCUUAUCCGCCGAAAAGGAAAGGGACGGAUGAUUGACAGCUCUUAAUUUUAGGAAGAAUGAGUAAAUAAAUGAAUAACCUGGGCGAAUUUUUAGACGGUUGUUUUAGAUUUGUGCUUAAAAUUGACGUGUGUUCCAUAAAUUUUAUGCUUGUCGAUUACCCGUCCCUUUCCUUUUCGGCGGAUAAGAAAGUGACAGAUAUAACUUAAAAUAAAAUUAGAUGGUGUUUACAGGAAUUAGCACCAUUAUGAUUAUAAAGUGUGCCAAAAGUGAUAACACGCACAAUUUGUCGAGUUUGUAUUAUAAUUGAAAUUCGUUAUUGGCUCGAGUCUUUUUACGAUUUGAUGUAACGGCUUUUCUUUUUAUCUUGUACACUUAUAAUUAUGGCAACAAAUGUUUUAAGUGUUGUUACUUAACUCAAGUUUCCGGGCGUAUAGGUAAUCCUGACUUCUUCAGUGUUGUAUAAAGAGAAAAUAUAUUACUUGUCGCGUAGAUAAAUCAUAACCGUAGCUUGCUAUAGGUGUAAGUACCAGAAUCUGAUGGCAAAUGGGGAAAUAUUUUUUUUAUAUUAAGCAACACUCUGGCAAUUGGAUGAAAACGUCUUGAUACUUUUUAUUUUUUACCUAUUGAUGGACAUUCAAGUAUACCGAAACAAAGUAUUAAGACUAGUUGAAAUGAAAAAAAAAUGUUUUUAUUACUUACCAGAAAACAAUACAAUGAGGCACGUACAGUAGGAUAGGUACUUAUAUUAAAAAUGUAACCAAAUGAACAGAGGUUCCCAAACUAGGCGGAGCCUGUUUCUUGGGAAACCGUAAAAAAGGGUACAUGUGUUAGUCCUACUUACCGGUCAACUCUUGCACGCGCUUCAAAAUCGAAGAUUGAGGUUGAUCUCCAACUGCUUCUUCACUAACUUUACAAUAAACAAUGUAAACAAUCUUGCUUGCUUAUGAUUGAUGUAGGUUUUUCGACAUUCUUACGAAAUUUAGAAUAAUUUCAAGGAAUCAUUGGAAAAUCUCAGUAUUGUUGACAAAACUCGUACUUUGACUUGACAGGUGACAGUUUAACAUUAUCAUAGGAAAAUCAAUAUUUUCUCUACUUUUUUUAUGCCAUCAGAUCCUGGUAGACCUUUAUUACUUAUAUUCAUCCUAUGCAAAGUUGUUUCAAUAUAUGAACGGGAAUGUAUAGAAAUGGUGCCUGGAUAUGACGGUUAUUGUAAUUCUCAUAUUGAAUACCGCUUUGUAUAAAGUUUAAUUAUAGAUUUUAUAUUGCAAUCACUCAUUUGGAAUCGUCUGAAGUGAAUUGUGAUUGUAUUUUUUUUACAUGACAUUGAAUAAAAGGGACUGAAUCGUAA